UGAUGUUCCCUCCUCGUACAAGUGAAAGAAAUUGUAAAUCUCUGUCCUGUAUUUUGUUGGUUUGUUUAAUUAUUGAUAUUUAGUCGUUAAUUUAACUUAAAAUGUUAUUUUAAUUAUGUCUUCUAAGGACGAAGACAAGUGUUUCUCUUCACCAAAUCUGACUACAUCUUCAGCUACAUUAAUCUCAACAUCGUUAUCUUCUUCAUCUUCAUCGUCCGUACCACAGCCAUCAUCUACUUCAUCAUCAUCCUCAUUUUCCUCAUCUCUCAUCUCUUCAUCCACAUCGGACUCAUCAAACUCGACGACCACUCUUUCAACAAGCACAGUCUCAUCACAGCCUUCAUUAGUGACUCCAACAAUUCCUACUACUGCAGCAUCCCCACCACAGCUACCUUCAACUGCAUCUCUGUCGCAGAAGCGUCCUAUGAAUGCAUUUCUAAUUUUCUGUAAGCGACAUAGAAGUGUAGUUAAACAAAAAUAUCCACAUCUAGAAAAUAGACGUAUAACUAAAAUUUUAGGAGAAUGGUGGGCAGCCUUAGAUGGAGAGGCUAAAAGAAAAUAUACUGAGCUUGCAAGAAGUUAUAAAGAAGCAUUUAUGAAAGCGAAUCCCCAUUUUAAGUGGUACAAAACAGAUUUCAAGAUUCCACCCGUUUUCAAGCCACCAUCACCACCACCUCUUGCGAAUCUACCAGCUCCAAUAGCUCCGCCGUCUGGUCAAACUAGUGAGAAUGUGAACCUCGAAAGCCCCAGAACCGGUUCUCAAUCUUCGAAUUCCUCCAAUUCUACUCCUAAGCCGCCUAAAAAACGAUAUUUAAAAGACUUUGAAAAUGGAGAGUUCAAAAGUUCUACGAAAUCUACGGUUCCUUCUGCCUCUACAAAAACGACCACUACAACCACCAUGACAACUACAACCGGUCAUCCCAAUCCAAGUGGCCCUCCCGUCCUGGACAUUGAUACUAUGAAUCGUGUAAUUGAGAAUGCUCUCGGUGGUGGAUCUGGUACAACUUCCGUCGCCCCAUCAUCUAAUUCGAGAAAUAAAUCCUUGAAUAGAAAUAGCUGGGAGAAUAGUAAUGAUUUAAUUAUUAGCACAGAAAACCCUAUACCAACUACGACAAGUAGCAGCAGCAAUAGUUUGAGCUUUAGCUCCUCAUCUUCAAACAGCAUUAAAGCUAAUAACUCCAGCAACUCCUCUGCUGAAGAUAGACCCUUAGAUUAUUCUGCUUCCAAAGUGCUUCAUACCUCAAAUCAACAAAUUAUUGAUCAUUUUAUUGAUAAAUGGUUGGGAGCCAGUGCAACAGAUACAGCAUAGAUCCACAUUUUUGACAAAGAAGCAGUUAGCUUCAAAAAGCAUCGCAAAGCGAAAUUGAUUAAAGUCACAAUGAUGUGAAACACUUACACAACAUGAGAUUCUAAAGGCCAUUGAGAACAAACGACGAUUGGAGAAAUAUACAAAAAUGACGAGUGCUCCUUUGUUAUAAGCUAACUCUAUGGACUGAAAGUUAAAGUUCUUGUUAAAAUGUUACGUUGAGAGAAUGAAAUGUAAUUUAACUAGUAAAAAAUUGACAAUAAAUCAUCCAAGAAACCAGA